AUGACGGAAGCCACCAGAGCAGCAGCACCUUCCAAGAAGCCCUCUUGCCGUCGCCAUUCCUCCAGGCGGCAGCGCUGGGCGGCAGUGACGUCGUCCUGGGCGGCGGUGUUUGUCGUGGCCCUGGGCCUGCUGACGUGGACUCUGCACCUUUACCCUGCCACCCACCGCCUGCUCUCUCCGCCCUCUGCUUCUGGCUCUACCCGCUCCUCUCCUCGCAAGCUACAGCAGAUCGUGCCACGUGGCAAGCCAGGGCAGCAAUUGGUGGGAGGAAGCAGGGAAGGACGCAAGGAGGAAGAGGAGCAGGCAGACAGAGAAGCAGUGCGUGUGGGAGAGGAUGGGGGCAUGGGGCAAAGGCAAGGAGUGGCUGGGGACAAUGGGGUAGAGGAUGGGGAAGAGAGAGGGGGCAAUGGGGUUGAUAGAGGGGUGGAGAAAGAAGAGAGGCAGCAGCGGUACGGAGAAGAGGGGCGGGAGAAUGAGAAACUGCUAGGGCAGGGAGAGGGAGUGAUACAUGGGGAAGGAGGAGGAGAGGGUUGGAGAAAUGGGUCCCCAUCGGAGCAGGGAAAGGGCGAAAAGGAAGAGCUUCAGCGUGAUGUGAUGGAGGCACUUGAGAUGCUGAAGCUGAAUCUAAGAUCGUUGGAGGAGAACAUUGAGACAGUGCUGCACACUGAAAGCAGGUGA